CACUUUCAUCUCUUGAAGGCUGCAGAAGAUGUCAAUGUUACUUUUGAAGAUCAACAGAAAAUUAACAAGUUUGCCAGAAAUACCAGCAGGAUCACAGAGCUGAAAGAAGAAAUAGAAGUGAAAAAGAAACAACUUCAGAAUUUGGAAGAUGCUUGUGAUGACAUAAUGAUGCUUGAUGAUGGUGAUUCACUUCUGAUACCCUACCAAAUUGGAGAUGUCUUCAUUAGUCAUUCCCAGGAAGAGACACAAGAGAUGCUGGAAGAGGCAAAGAAAAGUUUACAAGAAGAAAUUGAAGCAUUAGAAUCCCGAGUGGAAUCAAUUCAGAGGGUGUUAUCUGACCUGAAAGUUCAGCUCUAUGCCAAGUUUGGAAAUAACAUAAAUCUUGAGGCUGAGGACAGUUAAAGGUGUUCUAAAUAUACCACACAACUUUUCCUUCUUUUAUUAAAUGCUUUGAUAACAUUGUUCCAAUGACAUUUAAAAAACAUCCACCACUUUUUUUUUUUAAUUUUAAAUUUUUUUUACUUUCCUGUCUUGGGUUCCACCUAUUUAAGGAGGGCUUUCUUACUGUGGUUAUUGCAGUUAUUUAUUUGUUCAGGAAAGCAUUAGCUUCAUACUGUUGGUAAAGAAUCAGGAUUGGAAUCUUUGCAUUGCUUAUUAAAGUAAUAAAGUCAGGCACAUAUUGUAA